AAGAAACAAAUUAAGUAGCACAUCAAAUCCUACAAUUUAAAUAUAGGAGAUGUGUGGAAUCUUACAAAUCGAAUAAGGAUGAAGACACGGCCAGUGUGCAGACCGUCCUUCCUCAAGGGCGUGGGAACCCGUGUCUUCAAAAUGAUGUCUAUCGUUUUCUUCCUCUGUACAACUAUCGCAAACAGUUUGCAGCAUUCAAUUAAGCCGACAUUAGCUACGAUUAAUGUUUCUGGCAAAGAUUACCAAUCGGACCGUUAUUUAUCAUGUCCAACAUCGCUACAGACAUCAUUGAGAUCACGACAUUUGAAUGCUUAUUCCGAUCGGAUGGCAAUGAUUGCGUCAAUAUCGGAUGAGGGGAUACCUGAGGAAGAGGACAUCGAUACAGACUAUGAGGUUGCUAAGGACCAGAUUUACUCCGAAGUAAAGAAACUUGAGGAUGUAUUCAAAACCCUUCUGAGCCGGAUAUUCGUCCAUCUAGCAGAAUAUUUAAAGCACAAAGUGGCGCAAUCAUACUUACACCUUUUCAUAAUAAGCCCCUUAGGAUCAGGUGUAGGGAAUUUGUUGAAUAAUCGUCUUAAUGAUCGUUAUAUAACAAACAAAUUGGGUAUUCCAGUGGAUGCUACCCCUGAAACCUUCAACUUACCAUACAGCAAGGUGGAUAUUCCAUCAAGUUUUAUUGGCAAAAAACCAAUACGAAGUUGGCUCAUACGAUCAAGAAGUACAAAUACCAAUAAAGCCUUUAUAUUGCUUCAUGGAUGGUUUGGAAAUAUGCAAUCCUGUUUGCAGUUUGCUGACACGCUGAGCAAGUUGGGAUGUCUGGACACACACCACAUACUGAUUCUGGAUUUGCACGAUGAUAUUGGAAAGUCGUUUGAGACAAACAUUGGUUUGAAGGGUGUUACGGACAUAUACGAUGCAGCUGCGUAUCUUCAAAAUGAAUUAGGAGUUGACCAGCUCAGUCUAUACACACAAUCCAUCAGUUCGUUAAGCGCCUUAUUGUUUAAUGAAAUUGUAACCAAGUUCAAACACAAUAAUGGCCACCUCGAUCAUUCCGUAGAAUCUGCUUGUCCAUAUAUAAAAGCUAUGGAUUCUAACAUUUUAAGCAAAGUAGCAGUUGAUCGUAUCAUUAUGGAAUCUCCGGUUGCCAAUGUACGAGAUCACAUAGUUAACGCCUCAUCGGAUUAUGUAAAGUGGCUGACUGAACAGCUUCUUUUAUCGGCAGACGGAGAUGGACAUCACAUCGACAAGCUAUCUCUUCAAACAUUCUUACGGAAUCCUGAAACGUGUGCCAAAGUGUAUAUUAUGCAGGGUUCAAGCGAUCCCAUAACUACCACAGAAAUGCUACACAAUGAGUUAAGCAAAGGGAUUUUACCAUCACACGUAAACAUACACCUGUUUCGUGACGGUGGACACGCUAAUCUGUUCAACACAUGCAACACAGACUAUUAUUACGCAAUAAAAAGGUCGAUAGUUGGACGGAAUAUCUGGGAGAUUUUAACGGGUAAAGGAGCCAAUACCCGCAUACACAAGCCUGAUGACUUGCUGCAAGAUUUAAAAUACUGAAUGGAGAAAAGACAGCAUAUACUAUAGUCCGCAGGCAAAAAAACAGAUUGACGAC